AUGGAUCAACGAACCCCUGUUGAAGAAUGGUUUCCGGGCCCCCAAAAGAUUGACCAACCCUAUCCAAUCAUCAACGACACAUCAGGCAUCCCUCUCAAGGCUGAGCUUGUUGUUCCACCCCCCGAUCAAGUUUCCAAAGGCGGGUGUAUCGAAUGCUUAGGCGUGCUUAAGCUGCCGAUGCCUGACCCGGAGCACUGGUUGCCAGACGGGAGUUACGUCACAGUCAAAAUAUCAUCCUCGCCUGCAGAAAGCCAUCAAUCUUCUCCUAGUCGCGGGUCAAUUUGUGAUGGAAACUCUGAGAAAAACUACUGGUACGGAGAGACUCGUGAGUAUGAAUCUUCUGUCACUUCCGAGUGUGAUGUUUCCCCAGCAUUCACCGGUAAUUCAUUCCACGAAGAGAUAGCAUGCGAUCCGGAGGAUCCUACGAAUAAGGACACCAAUAUACCCCUUACUACGCUCAGUGGUGGCUGGAACUAUCCUAACACGGACACCUUGUACUUCUUCUUCGAAAACGUCACCUUCCCCAAAGCCGGCAUAUUCCGAGUCAAGUUCGAAAUCGUCAUGAUGGGGUAUAGGGACCGGUAUGAUCGUCCUCAUGAAAACGAUUACUACCCAUUCUUAAAAAGCAAUUUCUGGAACUAUGAGGAUAUCCCGGACGAGGAAAAAAUGGAAGAAUACAAGAAGACCGGUUUCCGCGCGGGCGUUUUGGUAGCUGGUGAGGACACAAUCGUCUCAGAUGAACCCGACUGGAGAGGAAUGAACGAUCCUGCCAAUUGGAUAUCAGGUUCCAGGGCAAGGGCAAUAAUCGAAAUGAUCGAGGAGAAGAAACGCAACUGCAUCAAGGUCCUCAACAAUAACCUCGAACCUGAAACGCCUUUGCCUACCUAG